AUGACGCACUGCGCAGGAAAGUCAGGGUGCGAGCGACAGACCAAAAGCCUAUCUCACAGUGUCGUAAGCAGCAAAUUUCACAGUGCAAAAUGAACUUUUGUUUUCUCACAGGAACGGACCCGUAAUCCUCCAAUGGUUCUUUAAAAAGUCAGGCCAAAAAGCUAGGUCCAAAUUCAAGUAGCUUCCAGUCAAAAUUAUGCACAAGAAGUUGCAAGAAAACCAAUCAUAUUCAUGAAAAAAUUUAGUUGAAAAAAGGUUCUUUUAGGCAUUACAACGACCCUUGGGACCUUCAAAAACUAUUCAUGAUUUUCAAAAUUUCAGGUCGACGCCUCAGAACUGAUUGGAAUCUGUUCGGUUGGAAACCUCAACCCAUACACCUUGAUGUCUUUCGUCCUGAUCCCCAGACUUGUUCUCGUGUUCUUUGGAAGCUGCUUUAUCAUUGCCGGCUUCUCCAGUAUGUGCGGAGAGAGGAAGUCGUUCAAACGGAGGGUAAGCCAGUUUGUGAGAUGGUAAAAUACGCGGAGACAAGUUGUCCUAUAAUUAAUAAAGCACAUAGGCUUGACUACAAUAAAUUUUGCUCGAUUACGGAAGGUUUUAGAGAACUGGUACGAAAAGUCUGUCGGGAAAAUAAUGAGCACUCUGUGGCAUCGAAAACCGUAUCGUAGCCGAGAAAAUGAAUUGUGUCGGGACAAAAUAAAAUUGCUUUUCACUUCAGCGACGCGAUCGGCACUGCAAAAUUUCGCUCAUUAUUUUCCCGACAGACUGAUAAGCACUUUUCAAAAAGCAAACAAUUAAAAAAACGCGUUUAUCUUUAGGGAACAGACACUUCAAAACUGGACACCCUCCUGUUCAAAAUGGGUUCAUUCUCCACCUUGUACAUAGUCCCAACACUGAUCCUAUGUCUCUGCGAUGCAUAUCAUGUGUUCGUUCUGACCAGAUGGUACCCGACCACAGUGGAUUGUAAACGAAAUGGUGGGGCGUCACACUGUCCAAGGGCCGAGCAACCGCAUGCAGAAGUCUACAUGCUGGCUCUGGCGAUGAGCUUGGCCAGCGGGCUGGCCACAGGACUGUGGAUUUUGAGCUCAAAGACGUUGAAGUGGGUUGACUUUGAUUUUUGGAUAUUUCGGCCUGAUGUUUAAGACUUCUUAGAGUCGCAAGCUUCGCCACAACAAAAAUUUACCCGAUUUUUUCCAGAUCCUGGCGUCGAGUCCUCUGUUGUGGCCAUCUUGAGGACGACCCAAGCUUGGACAAGCCUCUGCUCAUCCCCACGCAAACUUACGUCGCCAACAACCAGCCUCAACAGCAUCCGCUGAUCACCCAAGUGAUCCCGAAUGCGAACGGAGUCAACCAUUACAUACCGUUGUCGGUGAUGACCAAUGGCCAAAGCAGUAAUUUGGGGAGCUCUCGGCAGGGCUAUCACAUCAAUGAGCAUUGGAAAAAUUUGAAUGGACUGUAG